AUGGAGACCACCGAGGUCGUCGAAACCAAGCAAACGUCGGUUGCACCUUCAGAGUCGCAGCAGCACCGACAAACCCCAGUUGUUGAGACCCCUACCACCACAGACCGCAAGCCUGAGUAUUUCAACCUCGACGCUGCACCAGCUUCCUUACUUAACCUUUUCAUUCUCGUCUUGACGCAACCUUUCCCGCCCUACGCUACCCAGCGAGCCCUUUCACAAUGUCACUCCCACAAGAUUAGCCCUCCAUCCCAGCCAAACCGAAAAUGCACUUUGUCUCAUUUGAUGUCUCUGGCUUUUCUCUCGAAGGCGUCGCCCCAGAUUUUCUCCGAACCAACUCGGAUCUUUCUAUCUGUCCUCCUUGAUUGCGAGUUUCAUGAGCAAAGAGCGCAAGUGUUGUCGAGUUGUCAAGAGGUGGCCGAGUCAGUUGGCGACAAGGUCGCAUCAUCUACUUGGAAACGCACAGAGCUCCUCUACCCCUGCUCAACUCGACCUCAACCUUGGACUCCUCUCACCGGAAACAUGGCACAUUGUCUUCUGUUCCCCCCCCCCCCCCCCCCCCCCCUCUCAUUGCUUCAUGGCCGCAGUCGGCUUCUCGGCCAUACCAACAUGUCUUGGUCAUUUAUCACAGAUGACAACCUCAUUCGCGUCAUGGCCUUCGCUAACAUGAACAACAGUCACAGCUCAAAUGGCGUCAAGCCCCCGGGCCUGGAUGACGAUGAUACUGCCAAUGAUGACGAUUUGAGCCCCCCUCCCGAGAAUUUGAGUCCUGUAUCAGGGAUCAAUGACCGCGCCUUGGAAGAUGAGAUCGUUGUAGGCAACCGCAAUGGCGUGCCCAAAUCAUCACCUCUCCGCGUCGUGUCGGACCCAGAGGACGAGAACAUGGCCGACGUCGAAGACGAGCCCGUCAUCUCACAUUACCCCAAGCGAAAGCGAGCGUCUCUGUUCAACGACUUGAGCGAGGAGAAGAUGGAGAACGGUAUUGUGACGGAGAAGGAGGGCACCCCGCGGAGCACCAAGCUAGCCCGUAGGCAUGGGCUGGGAGGUGUCAAGGGGGUGAUUCUCGGUUACUGGCGAGAUUCACCUGUUCCCGACCCAAGAGGCAAGCAUGCCGUUAUUGGCUUCAUCGACGUUCGUGACCGCCUUCGCACCCGCAUCCAGCAAAACACACGGUUCGGCGAGCAGGUAUCCAGCGCUGACUACCCCCUGCCUCCCGGGCCCGGUGGCAGCUGGGUGACCUUUGAGCGCGUCGUCUUCGCCGACCACCUCGUCGGCAUGGAUCAUCACCAAGUCAAGGAGUAUGUCAAGCUGCGGACGGAUGCUGUUGAGCAGACAGAGGAGGCUCGUAAUGCCGCAGAGCUGGCCGCCGCCAAGGAAGCAGUCCGCCGCGUCGAGGAGAACCCCCCUCCCGAGAACGUCGUGGCGCCCGCCAUCGCCUAUGGAGCCGAAAUCCCCGACCACGCUACGAUGCCGGCGCGGCCGGACUCCAAACGUCGCCGGACCGGUAGUGGUAUCGGCACGAUAAGCGGAGGCCCCGUCCAAACGCAGCCGGCACGUGAGAUUAUCCCAACGCCUCAUUUCGAUCCCCUGCUCGGCACCCGGCCCACGCGCAUCAUCGUUGGUUUUUGGAAAGGUUCCAGCGAACAGGAUCCUGCGAAUCGCCAUGCCGUCUACGGUAUCCUCGGACAGAACGACAUGUUCCGAGUCAAGGUGGCUAGGGAGACUCGCGACAAGCGCUUCGUGGAUGGUAACUUCCCCGUAGGAGCAGGCGCCUUGUGGAUUCACUGGGAAGAGGUCGAGCUCGAGCCUCAUCUCAAGAACCUGUCCCGUGCCGAAGUCAAGGAAUACUGCCGUGUUCGCCAGUGGCAGCUCGACCAGGGUGAGAUCCCCGAGGAGCGCGCCCACAACGAGGCGCGGGCCGUGUACGAGUCUCAGCAGCGCGUGGCUCACGGCCUCAACAAGCCUGGCGUCAUGACCAGCAUGGGCCCCCCUCCCGUGAUUGUUCCCCAGCCAGAGGAGGAGCUCACCGAGUCUCUCGAGGCGAAGGCCGAGGGGAACCCAGAGCUGCGCCAGAGCCGCAGGACGGAGACCCGAGGCAUUCGGCACGCCUUGCCCGACCUGGACAACAGACAGUCCCGCACGCCGGUACAGGCCCAGAACAAGAUUGACGCCAGCGCCCGCCGCGAGAUUGCCAGAAUUGAGGCUGCUCAGAUGCGUGCCGAACGCUUCGCCGCCGACCACGAAGCUGCUACAGCUGCUGCUGCCGCCGCCGCCGCCGCCGCCGCCGCCACUGCCAACGCCGCCAACAUCGCCCAUCCCCACAUGAUCCAGCAGGCCAUGCCCAAGAUGCCCAUGCAAAACGGCAACGGCAAUGGGCCGGGCCCUCGCAUGAGCAAUCUUUUCCACGAGCGCGACGAGAUGCAGCGGCUCAACAAGGUCUGGGCUAGUCAGGAGGAGCACCGCAGCAAGGUCGGAGGCGAGGAGAUCAAGUUCUACGGCGGUAUAAAGUACGAGCGCAAGACAAACGGGCCCUUUGUCGGUAAGCUUGUGUCUCAGGGCACCAUCAUCAGCAUCGAUGGAGAAGACUAUGUCGAGUACCGCGUACUCACCAAGCCGAGUUUCUUCUAA